ACGUGCAUGAUAACAAUAUAGCAGGUUGUCCUAAAAAAUAGAAACACAGGUGUACAGAGGUCGUUCUAGCUCAGAAGAAGUACGUCCGUGACAGAAGGGCACUAUGUCAGGGACAUUGUUCUGGAAGUGUCUGUUAGUGGUGCUACUGUUGGGGUUUACCCGAGCAGGGACUUCCCCCACCUUCAGCGAGAGGGCCGAACUGUACCCGAAGUCCAAAGUCCUUGUUCACGGAGAAGACACCGAGGCUGAACUGCAACGUUUGCCCAGACCGGCUGCUCCAACUGCGAGGAAAGCCGAAAUGUACCCACUCUCUCGCGUCGCGGUUCAUGGUCAGGAAAAAGCAGAAUUGUUUCCCCUCUCUAGAGUAGCGGUGGGUCACGUGGAGAAAGCCAAAAUGUAUCCACUUUCCAGGGUACUUGUGGGUAGCGGUGAGGAAGCCAAGAUGUAUCCACUCUCAAAGGUAGCUGUUCAUGGUAUCCAGAAAGCAGAAAUGUACCCACUUUCCAGAGUAGCCGUCCCUGACGAUAUUCGGAGAGCCGAGGUGUACCCAGAAUCUCGGGUGGCUGUGCACGGUAAUGAAAAGGCCGAGAUGUUCCCCCUCGCUAGGGUCGCUGUUCAUGGCUUCCAGAAAGCAGAGAUGUAUCCACUUUCCAAAGUAGCGGUGGGUAGCGUUGAGGAAGCCAAGAUGUAUCCGCUUUCAAAAGUAGCUGUUCAUGGAAUCCAGAAAGCAGAAAUGUAUCCACUGUCCAGAAUAGCUGUUCAAGAUACCCAGAAAGCUGAGAUGUACCCACUUUCUAGAGUAGCGGUGGAAAAGGUUCAUGAAGCCAGGAUGUUCCCUCUUUCUAGAGUCGCCGUUCACGAUGGUCCUCAAGCAAGGCUGUACCCUCUACACAAGAUGGCCACCUAUGACCAUGUCCAGGCACGGCCAUACCCUCUACACAAGAUGGCCACCUAUGACCAUGUCCAGGCACGGCUCUACCCCGUGUCCAGGCUCCGUGUCCACCACGACGCUCCAGUGUCCAUCAGUCUGAGAUCUGCCGAUGACCAGUGCAUCCGUGUCCACGACUGACCAGGGAGUUUCCCCCGACUCGGCAGAAAGAGGAAGAUGGCAACAGGCGGGUCCAAGAGCUUUUAUUCAAGGUUUACAACAGCGUCAUUUCAAGUGCUAUGAGCACAGAAAGUAUAGAAAACAAAAUUAAAUAGACUUUAAAACGUAUUUGGAAUAGUUAAUGUUUCGUUCUCCUUGACAGCAUAGAAAUGGUAUGGGUUUCAAAAGUUACAUCCUUAUCAAGAGCUUUUAUGGAAGGUUUAUAACAGCAGUCAUAAUAAGUGCUUGAACACAGAAAGUAUAGACAUCAAUAAAUUACCUUUAUAACUUCAAAAAGAAAAUACUGAAUGUUUUGUUCGUUGGGACAGCACAGAAAUUGUUAUCGGUUUAAAAAAGAACAUCCUAAUCAGUUCGGUAGUCUAUGGAAGCCUUUUUAGUUGCUUUUUUUUUUAGUUUGAAAUUUUUUUUCUUCUGAUUAAUCUUAUGCAAAGAACAGUAGGUAUCUGAGAAGCUAAAGAGUUCUUAAUUUUCAACAAUGGAUACAUGUAUUGUUUUGCAGAAAUUAUAUGUAAAUGUCGCCGUCUUAGUUCUAGAAAGCCGUGUUCACUAUAAUUUAAAAGAAAAAAAGAAAAAGACAAGAGAAAGAAGUAUUUUUCUGUCACUUGGCACAUCUAUUAUCCCUCAGUCAUUUGUUUCUUUCUUAAUUAAAAUAAGCAUCUAAUAAGAGAGAUAGAACUUAAACUAUUUGUACCUUUCCAUUAGACAGUUUGACACAUUUUGUUAUAAUCAGUUACGCUUUUCUGUAACCAAGAGUGUCAAAAAUAAAAGACUUGAAAAUUUUGA